AUGGAGACCGCUCCUAGAGCUCAUCCCCCGUCCGCGCCGAGACCCGACCGCGGCGCGGAUCGUCCGUUAUCGCGGCCGUUCCCCACGUCCAAAUCCGAGAAGGCGAGACCACAGAGCCAAUCAGGAUCCGACACCUCUCACAGCACAACACCGCGGGCCCAAUCCCAAGCGCGGCUGCAACCCUCGCACCCAUCCGUACCGCCCCGAAGUCCUCAUGCUCCAGGCGGUUCCGCCUUGCGAGGCUCUGCAAGCCACGAAAAUCUGAGACUAGGUUCGGAUUCCGAACCCGAAUCGAACCAUUGUGACGAGCCGGACGGGUUUGCGUUCCCAGAGCUGUCAGGUUCGGGCGGCGGAAAGGUCGCCUCUGCGGUUUCCAGAGCUUCCGCCGUCCGGCAUGCAUUUCCGCGGAGCGUUUCCGCUUCAAGCGGUAUCCCCGCUGAGACCUCCGCGCGAGGCGCAACUUCCCGCGGGCGCAAUCCGCCCGCCCGAUCAUCUGACGUGGACAGUAGAUCCGACGGUGUUGAUUCACUUAGCUUAGACGACGCUAGGUCCGACGGCGGCGGCGCGUCGUGGCCGGAAUUCACGGAUCCCAUAAAUAACGGCGGAUCUCCUCAUUCCCGCGCCCUCCCCCAUUCCCCGCUAUCCUCGCGCUCUGAUUCCGCCAGCCCCAGCCGGAUGCCGCCAGGGCGGGGUAGACCGGGGGGGAUGAGCCCUUCCGGCGGAGGCGCAACCGCGGGGGGCCGCGGAUUUGCGCGUUCUGCCUCACAGCCUGUGCGGAAAUUAGACGCAGUGAGACACCCACCUCCGCACACACCGCCGAACCUUUCCCCCCUUUCCGGCGGUUCCUCCGCGCAUGGCGCAGCUGCUCCGCCAGGCCUGCCUCCCGCGCGGAGAGCUUCGGAACCAGGCCAAGCGCAAGCGCGCGGCCGCCCGGUGACAGCGGGGAAGGUUCCGCCAGUUCAACCAGGAGCGCAGGUCAGAAUUAGCGCCGCCGCUGCUGCCGCCGCCGCCUCUGCGGCUGCUGGCUGCGGAAGCAGUACGACAGCCGCCGUUUCCCCCGGAGGCGGUGGCGGGCUGCGCACUGUGGCGGGGGCGGUGGCGUCGCGGGCCCUGCGGAAGAGCGCGAGUGCGCCGCAGGUGCGGCCGGGGGAGGGCGCGUCUGCCACCAACGCGCGCGCCGUGGCGGAGAGGGCCGCCUUGCGGCUGAAAGGUCGCGGAAGCGCUGGCGGCGCGGAUGCCGGCGUGGGGUCAUCGGGAGGGGGAGUUUCCGGCGCAGGCAGUGGCGGGGGGGAGGUGGCAAGCGCAGCAGGCGCGGGAAUUGUGGGCGGCGGAGCGGACAGGCCGAGAACGCGCGUGGUGCGGGUGCAGACACACGGAGGGCCGGGGGUGGCGGAGCAGGAGGACAGCCCGCGGCAGUGGCUGGCGCAGGGAACAGGCGCAGGCGCAGGGGGACUGGGCGCGGGCGGGUUCGCGGCACCAUCGGAUCGUCCCACGACGCCUCCCCGGCGCGACAUGGGCGGCGGCGGCGGCGCUGGCGGGGGUGCGGGGGUGGCGGCGGUGGGCGUGGGGGUGGUGGCGGGGCGACCCAGGACCCCCGCGCGCAUGGACCUGCAGGAAGCUGAGCGGGUUCGCCUCGCUGCCGCCGCCGCGGGUGGGGGAGGGGGAGGCGGAGCAGCAGUAGGCGCGGGGGUGCAGGCGCCAGUGACUCCGCGCGUGGUGGAGCGCCCCUCCACGCCCCUCGCGGGGCAGCGCCCCGCCUCGCCGCUGCUGCGCGCUGAUGGUGGCGCGCUCGAGCGCCCCAAGACGCCCACGCGCAGGCAGGAGGCGGAAGUCGGGGCGCUCCACGCGGGGGGGGCGGCAGCGUGGCCGGAGGGGGCGGCGGAGGGGCAGGGGAGGGGCGGCACUCCGCGGCUGCGCGCGGAGGCGGGCGGGGAGCGCCCUACGACGCCCACCAGGCGGGGGGAAGCGGCAGUGGGGGCGCGCGGGGAGGGGCGGGUGGGGCGCGCGGUGGAGAGGCCAACAACGCCACUACACGGGGCGGAAGGGGGGCCGCCCUCGGCCUUCACCACACGCGUAACAGAACGGUUAGAUGUGGAAGCAGAGCGGUUGAAUGCGGAAGGAGAGCGGUUGGAUGUAGAGGCAGAGCGGUUGGGGGCAGCAGCAGCACGGGUGGAAGCAGCAGCGCGGCCGCACACAGCAGUGCCACGGGGGGUGGGCGCAGCAGCACAGGGGCAGGCGGGCAGCCGCGCGGACAGGGCGGACCGGCUGAGCUUCCGCGGGAAGGUGCGACCCAAGUCGUUCGUGGAGCGCAGGGGGAGUGGCGAUGGCGGGGGAGGGGUAGCAGGAGCAACAGGGGCAGCAGGGGCGUGGGCUGGUGUGGGGGCGGUGCCGCGGCCCACCACGCCUGUGAGGCGAGGCGAUGGAAGCAUGGAGCGAGCAGUGACACCAGGGGGGAGGGUGGGGGAGCGCGGGGGAGGCGCAGGAGGAGGAGGAGGAGGAGGAGGAGGAGGAGGAGGAGGAGGAGGAGGAGGAGGAGGAGGAGGAGGAGGAGGAGGAGGGGCGUUCACUGAUGAGUCGGUAGUGUUUGAACGGCCGUUGACGCCCGUUGGCAGGAUAGCAGGAGUCGAUCCAACGGUUAUCACGGACCGGCCAUCAACUCCGGUUGGCGGCCGCCCGACCACGCCGACCGGUGCCCGCCCCACGACGCCAUCUGGUGGGCGGCCAACGACACCGGGCGGCGGGCGGCUGGAUGCGGCAGUGAACCCACUGGCACGGGCCAAUCGGAUGGCGCCGUUUCCCAUGCCUCUGUUCCCGCACUCUGCCUCCGUGGGGUGUGCUGGCGUGGGUGAGUUUGACCGGCUGUGUGUGGACCAUGGGGAGGAGGACGAGGAGGAGGAGGAGGAGGAGGAAGGGGAGGGGGGGGAUGGGGGGUAUGGAGACGGGGGACGGCGUGGGGCGGGGGAUGGGGAGGCGAGGUGGAAGAGUGUGAGUGGGGCCGGUGCCGAGGGGGGUGCUGGGUCCGGGUUGCCUGGUAAUGGCCGGGGCCGGGGGGGAGAAGGGGGGGUGCGUGCAGUGCAGAGCAGCAGCAGCGGCAGCAGCAGCAGUGAGGGGCAGGAGAGAGGGCGUGGGAGAGGGCGUGGGGGAGGGCAGGGGACGGGACAGGGGAGAGGCGGAAGCAUGGGGCGGACGCGGGGGGAGCACCAGCAGGGGAGCAGAGGGGGGGGGAGAGGCGCAGCAGGGAGGCAGGCUGUCGGGAAGAGUGCUUCUGGGGAGGCUGCAAGGGCUGGAGGAGGUGCUGACUCAGCACCUGCGGAUGCUGAUGUGUUCAGGGCGUUUAUUCUGGGCCGGCCUUAUGCUGACGUGGAGGAGCGGUUUGAGAUGGGAGGCGAGGUGCUGGCACGGGGGGAGUUUGGCGCGGUGCGGGUGUGUGUGGAGCGGGAGAGCGGGGCGAGGCUGGCGUGCAAGACCAUCGACAAGCAGAGCAUUCAGUCAGCGGACGAGGCUCGCAAUCUGAGGAGGGAGGUGGCGGCAAUGGAGGUGGUGUCGGGCCAUCCCAACGUUGUUCAGCUGCAUGCUGCGUGUGAGGAUGAUAAGAGCAUCUUCUUGGUGAUGGAGUUGUGUCGCGGCGGGGAUCUAUUCGACUUCAUGCGCCAGUACGGCCGCCUGCCCGAGUCCAUGGCAGCGCCCGUGUGCCGCCAGCUGCUGGCCGCGCUGCACCACUGCCACACGUGCGGGGUGCUGCACCGCGAUGUGAAGCCGGAGAACGUGCUGCUGCUGCAGCCGGGCAGUGUGAAGCAGAUCAAGCUCGUGGACUUUGGCAUCUCCACCGACGUCGAACCUGAUGCUGCCUCGUGCAAGCUAUACGGCACACCCCUCUAUCUUGCCCCAGAGACUCUAGACGGCAUUUGGGGCUCUCCAGCAGACGUGUGGAGCACAGGAGUUCUAGUCUACGCAUUGCUCUCCGGGCUGCCUCCCUUUUGGGCCGCUUCAAAUGAGGCCAUUUACCACGCCAUUCGAACUAAAGCCCCUCGCUUCUCAUCGGCGCGCUGGAAGCAUGUUUCUGAGGAAGCCAAAGAGCUGCUUCAAGCCAUGCUGGUGAAAGACCCCACCAGACGAAUCACUACAAGCCAAGCAUUAGCACAUGAAUGGGUUCGGGAUACAGCAGCCGCUCCACACUGCCACUCGCUCCCACCUCCCCGCAUCCUCUCACCGCAUUCAUCAUCCAGCUUCUUCUCUGGGAGAACCCUCGACAGCGAGCCUUCUCUCUCCUCUCAGGCUUCGGUGUCCUCAGAACCUUCGGUUGCCUCAGAUAUUUCUCCCUCACCACCGGGAGGUCUGUUCAGAGAGCCAUCAUUAGCUUUAGGUCUACUUUGA